CAUUGCUGGAUUCGAACCAGCGACGUCCCUGCUGGGGGGCUGCAGUGACACGUUAUAUGUUAUCGCUUGUCUCACCAGCAGAGUGCGCUAGAGCACAAGUGUUAAAUGAACUCGCGUGUGUGCGUGUGACUCAAGUGCUCUUAUUUCUAAUAGUUAUUGAACCAUUAUUGUGAGUCAGCGUAUGUGCCUCUUGAACUGAAGGCAUCAGCGGAGCAGCCCUGAGUGUGUGUGUUCUCGCGUGCGUGUUACAUGAAGAACAUGCGCCCAGGUGCGCGCGCGCAGACACACGCUCAUCUUCCCCGCACAUCGACACCGGACUGACACAAGAAGCGACGCCAUCAGGAGCUACAGACAGGUAGGUCUGCCCGUCUCUCUGCCUGGAAGUUGGACACGCGCCCGUGACGCUUCCCGGCUCUGGAGAACACGCGGGAACGAGCGCCGCUCGCCACUGCAGGGCCGCUGAGCUGGGACGGCACCUGAGCAAACAUGGACCACCUGCUCCGCUGCAUCUUCAUCAUCUUCAUCAGGACGAUCAGCGCCCAGGAUACUCACUUGAACCCCGUCACCAACCUGCUCUUCACGCCCCGCGGGCCUCAGAUGUUCCCGUGCCUUACCUACCUGGAGCGGAACGUCCGGAUCGACUGCGAGUUCCCGCCCACCUAUGAGGUCGGGGGUCCGUACUGCGAGUACCGCCAGGACAGCCGGUUGGUGGGAAGCAUGUUUCCCAACAUGGUCAACUUUGUUGCCAUGGACGACCGCCGACGGAGCAACGUCAGCCUGGUCACCCCCACCUUGUGCCGCCUCACCUGGGCCCCCAUGGCCGACGAGAAGCCAUACACUUACACGUGCCGCGUCUACCAGGGCAACAAGUGGAAGGAGAACAGCAUGGCGGUGCACCACAGGAUUCUUCCCAUCUGCUCCGCCAUCAGCGUGAUGUUCCAGUCGGCCCCCUGGUUUCUGUCGCUGCUGAUGUCACUUCCUGUGGCAAUGGGUCUUUUAAAUCUGUGACCGUUUCAGAGGUUUUCUAACCAGUAUUAUUUAUUGAUAAUCUGCUUUCAACUUAGCUAGUAGCAUUAGCAUUUGAUAUGAACCUAGAAUUUCCGUUACUUGUAAAUAACUAGUAUAAUUAAACUAAAAUAAUUUUUUAAAGAGAUCUUUGUUAUAUAUUUCUAUUGCACUAUAUUUCCCUUGUGGAGCACACUUUGAGUUCCGCUGCUUUUAAGUCACUUCAGUUAGCAUGCAGGUGGAAUCACGUGUUCCCGUGGGGGAGGGGCUUAUGUCCACCAUUUUCUGCUCCAUAAUAUUGUCCCACACAAGAAAGUUGAUGGAAGUCCGUGGCCCUGUAGAGAGUAAUAAUCGAUUCUUUGACCUGUCAUUUGCAUUUCCUGGAAUUUGUAUUGAAAUUCAUUCAGAACGUUCUUAGAUAUUUUGGUAACCCGCAGGAAAUCGACCCGAACAAACUGUUGUGUUUCAUCACCUCACCUGCUCAGAUCUUUGUUCCACAUUUCUGAAAUAUAUAUUUUAUAUCUGAGGGCUGCAUGAAGAAGAAAAAUAAACUUCAUGAGAGCAAUACAUUAAAAUUCACGGUGAAAAACAGCUGAGCUGGAACAUCAUUCCUUGCGUGUCUCUCUAGUUCAUCACGUGUCUUCUGUGCCUUUCUGUCUCGUUUGACUCGUGCCUAUUAGUUAAUUUGCAAAGGAGUAUAUUUGACAAGACAAGCUUCUUUUUGUUGACCGUACUGUGUGAAAUGAGGUGUUCUAUAGCAAUAUCUAUUCAAAAAUAAAAGUAUA